CAACUAGUUGCUUUGUUGCAGCAGCCGGCACGUCUGGCUCUUCAGCUGGUCCGUUACUCCAGUGUUGCAGCAGCAGCUGAAGUACUGCUGAAUCUCAAGAAGGAGCAUGUCUUCCGUCAGGAUUUUCGUGAUUAUGGUGGAAUCGCGCAAGCAGGACGUUCAACAGCAGCAGCCGCACCACCACCGUCAGCGUCUUCCCUGUACAGUGGCAUCAACGGUCCAGUUUACAAUAACAUGAAGCUAACAGCAGCAACGACAACAACAGGCCAAACAGGAGCAGCAGCAAAUACUGGAGUGACCAUACUGAAUACCCAAAUGUCAGCAACAUCAGUCCUGGCCAGUGUUGACGACAGUUCGUCAAGCAGGUCGAAUAGCCCUCUUGCAAGGAUACCAAGUCCACCGGCUGCUGCAACUGCUGCUGCUACCGUUACUGCUACUUCAUUCCCGUAA